AUGUUUUCGCCAAGCCCCAAUGUCAACACCAAGAGAGGAUCUUCAAAGGGUCAAACUAAAAAGCAAACAGAAAAUAUACCCCCUACAGACCACACUCUGGAAAUGCUGUCAGAAAUUAAACAACUACGGGCACAGGUGUUCAAACAAAACCAGGAGAUGGGACUCCUCAGACAGGAUUUAUCAGAGUUAAAGGAACAAUUAUCAUCAAUUUCUCAACUCUCUGAGAAAAUUCAAAUUUUCGAGCACAAAAUUACAGAGCAAGCCGCAGAAAUAAAUAUACUACGGAACUCCCUUAAAACAACUGAAGUAACAAUUAACGCACAGGAACAAAACUAUUUACGCAAAGAGAUAGAAAUAGCUGGAAUCCCAGAAGUUGAAAGCGAGAACCCCUUCCACCUGGCGCUUAUCACAGCCAAAAAGCUUGGCGUAGACUUACAAGACAGUGACAUCGAUUUUGUACACAGAGCUGGACCCAAGCAAAAAUCAUCCGGGAAUAAAAAUCACCUACCGCGCACCAUUGUACUGAGACUUUUAAGACAGGCAAAACGUGACGAGCUAGUUAAAGCGGCAAAAAGCCGCAGAAAUCUCACAAGUGAGAAUCUGGUGCCCGGACCAGCAUCCCAAGUAUACGUGAACGAAAGACUAACAAAAAAUAAUCGUCUGUUAUUUCGUGAGUCAAGAAAACGCGCUACUCAACACAGCUUUCGUUUUUGCUGGAUCAGAAAUGGACAUAUUUUUGUACGCCAGGCAGAGAGAAAACCAGCAGUCCAAAUCAAAUCAUACGAAGACCUCGACAAGACCGUGGGACCUAUGCAACAUGAAAUCUCAUAA